AUGGCGGCCAGGCGCCUCUUCGGUGCUACGUGGAGCUUGGCCGGCUGCCGGGUUCGGGAGCUCCCAGACCCUGCCGCUUCUGUAAGACUCCAUGUACGAGAUUAUGCCAAGAGACCGGUCAUUAAGGGGGGCAAGGGCGCUGUGGUCGGUGACACCCUGAAGGACCCAGAGGUGUGUACAGACCCCAUCCAGCUCACCACGCACACCAUGGGUGUCAACAUCUACAAGGAGGGCCAGGAUGUGGUCCUGAAGGCGGAUUCCAAGUACCCAGAGUGGCUGUUCCAGAUGAACGUGGGUCCCCCCAAGAAUCUGGAGGAGCUGGACCCUGAGACCCGGGAGUACUGUUGGCUGCUGUGGAAACACAACAUUUGGCACCACUACUGGCUGAGCAAGAACGAGAAAUUCUAG